CAGCGGCCGGGCCAGCUAUGCGGGGUCCUCCGGCCCCGGCUGGCGGCACUUCCUGGAGCGGCGGCGGCCGCUUCCCGGGCACCUGGGCGUGGGGCGCGGGGGCGCGCGGCGCGGGGCGGGCGGAGCGAGUGCGCGCCAUGGCCUCGGCGGGCGGCGCGGAGCCGGCGUGCUGCUGAGCCCGGCCGCCGGCCCGGCAUGGGCGUCUCCCGCGGGCCCGCCGCCGGCCGGGGCUAGGGCCGGAUGGAGCCGCGGGACGGCAGCCCCGAGGCGCGGAGCAGCGACUCCGAAUCGGCCUCCGCCUCGUCCAGCGGCUCCGAGCACGACGCGGGUCCCGAGCCGGACAAGGCGCCGCGGCGCCUGAGCAAACGGCGUUUCCCGGGGCUGCGGCUCUUCGGGCACAGCCCGAGGCUGCCGGCCCCAGCCAUGGAGACCUUCUUUCGGAGACACUUCCGGCGGAAGGCCCUGGGCCCCGGAGAUGGGCAGCGGCGGCCCAGCAGCGUGGGGUUGCCAGCGGGCAAGGUCCGGCGCCGCUCCCCAGCAGGGCAGGCCUCUGCCUCUCUGGUCCAGCGGCGCCGCUCCAGCGCCCAGCUCCAGGGCUGCCUCCUGGGCUGCGGGAUGGGAGCCCGGGGCCCCAGCCGGAGGCGCUCCAGCACCGUGCCCCCUGCCUGCAACCCCCGCUUCCUCGUGGGCGAGCUGUCCGGCUCACCGCUGUUGCUUGCAGGGCUGAUGGGUGUGGAGGGGGGCGGCCCAGAGGACCUGGUGACCGCGCCUCCCGUGCCCCGCAGCGCCCGGCACCUGCUGCCCGUGCCACGCUGCUUGUGGAGGCGGCGCCAGGGCUCCUCCCACCUGCUCACCCAGGACAGGGUGUACGACCCAGUCCUCUGGGGCCUGCGCGGCUACUACCGGCGCCUCAGCCAGCACCCUGGCCCCGGGGGGCGAAGAGCCUCCGGCACUGCAGCCAGCAUGGGGACCCCUGCCCGCCUGCGCCCGCUGUCCCGCAGGCGCCAAGUGGCCCUGCGGCGCAAGUCGCCUGCACCCCAGGCCUGGAGCGCCCGGCUCCUGAAAGCCAUCUCCAAGUCGGGCCUCCAGCACCUGGCACCCCCACCUCCAGCUCCCGGAGCCCCCUGCGGCGACCGCGAAAGGCAGAUCCGGAGCACCGUGGACUGGAGCGAGUCCGCAACGUAUGGAGAGCACAUAUGGUUCGAGACCAACGUGUCUGGGGAUUUCUGCUAUGUUGGGGAGCAGUACUGUGUAGCUAAGAUGCUGCAGAAGUCAGUGUCCCGGAGAAAGUGUGCGGCUUGUAAGAUCGUGGUGCACACGCCCUGCAUCGAGCAGCUGGAGAAGAUAAACUUCCGCUGUAAGCCCUCCUUCCGGGAGUCAGGCUCCAGGAAUGUCCGGGAGCCGACCUUUGUGCGGCACCACUGGGUCCACAGGAGGCGCCAGGAUGGCAAGUGUCGGCACUGCGGAAAGGGCUUCCAGCAGAAGUUUACCUUCCACAGCAAAGAGAUUGUGGCCAUCAGCUGCUCCUGGUGCAAGCAAGCUUACCACAGCAAGGUGUCCUGCUUCAUGCUGCAGCAGAUCGAGGAACCCUGCUCCCUGGGCGCGCACGCCGCCGUAGUCAUCCCCCCUACUUGGAUCCUCCGUGCCCGCAGACCCCAGAACACCCUCAAGGCAAGCAAGAAGAAAAAGAGGGCAUCCUUCAAGAGGAAAUCCAGCAAGAAGGGGCCUGAGGAGGGCCGCUGGAGACCCUUCAUCAUCAGGCCCACCCCUUCGCCCCUCAUGAAGCCCCUGCUGGUGUUUGUGAACCCCAAGAGUGGGGGCAACCAGGGCGCCAAGAUCAUCCAGUCCUUCCUCUGGUAUCUCAACCCCCGACAAGUCUUUGACCUGAGCCAGGGAGGGCCCAAGGAGGCGCUGGAGAUGUACCGCAAGGUCCACAACUUGCGCAUCCUGGCCUGCGGGGGUGACGGCACGGUCGGCUGGAUCCUCUCCACACUGGACCAGCUACGCCUGAAGCCGCCGCCCCCCGUGGCCAUCCUGCCCCUGGGCACUGGCAACGACCUGGCCCGUACCCUCAACUGGGGUGGGGGCUACACUGACGAGCCCGUGUCCAAGAUCCUCUCCCACGUGGAGGAGGGCAACGUGGUACAGCUGGACCGCUGGGACCUCCGUGCAGAGCCCUGCCCAGAGGCAGGGCCUGAGGAGCGGGACGAGGGUGCCACCGACCGGCUGCCCCUGGAUGUCUUCAACAACUACUUCAGCCUGGGCUUCGACGCCCAUGUCACCCUGGAGUUCCACGAGUCUCGAGAGGCCAACCCGGAGAAAUUCAACAGUCGAUUCCGGAACAAGAUGUUCUAUGCCGGGACAGCUUUCUCUGACUUCCUCAUGGGCAGCUCCAAGGACCUGGCCAAACACAUCCGUGUGGUGUGUGACGGGACUGACCUGACACCCAAGAUCCAGGACCUGAAACCGCAGUGCAUCGUUUUCCUCAACAUCCCUAGGUACUGUGCAGGCACCAUGCCCUGGGGCCACCCUGGCGAGCACCACGACUUUGAGCCCCAGCGGCACGAUGACGGCUACCUCGAGGUCAUUGGCUUCACCAUGACGUCCCUGGCCGCGCUGCAGGUGGGCGGGCAUGGCGAGCGGCUGACACAGUGCCAGGAGGUGGUGCUGACCACGUCCAAGGCCAUCCCGGUGCAGGUGGACGGCGAGCCCUGCAAGCUGGUGGCCUCCCGCAUCCACAUCGCCCUACGCAACCAGGCCACCAUGGUGCAGAAGGCCAAGCGGCGCAGCACCGCCCCCCUGCACAGCGACCAGCAGCCAGUGCCCGAGCAGCUGCGGAUCCAGGUGAGCAGAGUCAGCAUGCACGACUAUGAGGCCCUGCACUAUGACAAGGAGCAGCUCAAGGAGGCCUCCGUGCCGCUGGGCACUGUGGUGGUCCCAGGAGACAGCGACCUGGAGCUGUGUCGUGCCCACAUUGAGCGGCUACAGCAGGUGAGGCUAGAGGGUGGGAGCCCGCCCCCUGCUGCCCGCCCCCUGCUGCCCACACAGCCCCCUUCUGCUUCCCAGCAGGAGCCCGAAGGUGCUGGAGCCAAUUCCCCUGCGUGCCAGAAACUGUCCCCUAAGUGGUGCUUCUUGGAUGCCACCACUGCCAGCCGCUUUUACCGGAUUGACAGGGCUCAGGAGCACCUCAACUACGUGACGGAGAUCGCGCAGGAUGAGAUUUAUAUCCUGGAUCCUGAGCUGCUAGGGGCGUCGGCCCGGCCUGACCUCCCCACCCCCACCUCUCCCCUCCCCACCUCGCCCUGCUCCCCUACACCCCGGUUGCUGCCAGGGGACGCACUGCCCCCUAAAGGUGAAAAGCUGAUUGAGGCAGCCAAGAAGAAUGACUUCUGUAAGCUUCAGGAGCUGCACCACGCCGGGGGCGACCUCAUGCACAGGGAUGAUCAGGGUCGGACGCUUCUGCACCAUGCAGUCAGCACUGGCAGCAAGGAGGUGGUCCGCUACCUGCUGGACCACGCCCCCUCAGAGAUCCUUGAUGCCGUAGAGGAAAAUGGGGAGACAUGCCUGCACCAGGCAGCCGCCCUGGGCCAGCGUACCAUCUGCCACUAUAUCGUGGAGGCCGGAGCCUCACUCAUGAAGACGGACCAGCAGGGUGACACUCCCCGGCAGCGUGCGGAGAAGGCUCAGGACACAGAGCUGGCCGCCUACCUGGAAAACCGGCAGCACUACCAGAUGAUCCAACGGGAGGACCAGGAGACAGCCGUGUAGCCGCCAGGCCAGGCGACCCCAGGGGCUGGGCCAGCGGACGAUGAGCCCCCUUCUUGCCUGCCUCACUGCCACAUUCCAGUUGGGGAGUCUUGGGCCCCGGGGAGCCCCGUGCUGCCCCCUGAGGAGCUGCCCAGGCCUAGGACUGGACUCUGAGAAGCUGGGGCAUCUUGCCUGCCCCCCCCCACCCCCUGUGACCCCAACCUGACCUAGAGGAGCAAAGGGGAACAGGGAACGACUGAGCUGGGCAGGCCUUGGGGGGAGGGGUGCGUCUGGGCCCCUUGGGAGUGGCCCUGCCCCUCACUGCAGCAGUGGCCUCCCUCCAGUUGGGAGGUGAGAAUGGGAGGGCCUGGGGCCCUAUCAGGGAGGUUCUCUAAGCCACCAUCCCCACCCACCCCUGGGGGCUUCCCCCCAGAAACGGGUGCCUGCCUCUCUGCCUGCCUGCUGCCCUGCUUGGCACCCGACCCUUGUACCCAGUCAUUUCAUCGGGACUGUGGCCUGGGGGUUGUGCUGGGGCUCUGAGGGUGACAUGUUUACAGCUGGGUGUGACUCAGUAAAGUGGAUUUUUUUUCCUUU